AUGGCCGAUUCACCGACUAGAGUCGGCCAUACCGACUCGAUCGCUUCCCAGGAUUCCGGGAGCAAGUCCAACGAUAAGAAAAAGAGCCGCAGGCCAGCCAACACUGCGUUUCGACAGCAGCGGUUGAAGGCAUGGCAACCAAUCCUCACACCAAAGACCGUCCUCCCCCUCUUCUUCUCCAUCGGCAUCAUCUUCGCGCCCAUCGGUGGCCUGCUCCUGUACGCGAGCUCGCAGGUCCAAGAGAUCUCCAUCGACUACACGACAUGCUACAAGGACGCCAGCAACGACACCUUCAACGCCGUGCCCUCCGACAACGUGUUCACCCAGUUCAAGAACAACACCGACGUACAGGCACAAUGGAAGCGGGAGACUGUCAAUGUCACAUUCGACGGCGUGACCAACCAGACGCAGAAAUGCAUGAUACAGUUCACGAUACCUGAGGACAUGGGCCCGCCCGUCCUCUUCUACUACCAGCUCACAAACUUCUACCAAAACCACCGUCGCUAUGUUAACUCCUUCUUCGACAAGCAGCUCGCCGGUAAGGAGGUCACACCCUCGCAGGUUAGCGGCUCCACAUGUGAGCCUCUUAAGACGGAGGAAGGCACUGGCAAGCCCUUCUAUCCCUGUGGGCUGAUUGCCAAUUCCAUCUUCAACGACACCUUCUACAGCCCUUAUUCUGUGGGUGACGAGGGCUCGCCUUAUAACAUGAGCGAGACGGGCAUUGCGUGGGACUCCGACAAGGACCUGUUCAAGAACAUCUCUUCCGCGACUAAGCUGGACUCCGUCGCUGUUCCACUCAACUGGCGGAUGCGGUAUCCCAAUGGCUAUACCGAAAGCAACCCCCCGCCGAACCUCGGGACAGAUGAGCACUUCAUGGUCUGGAUGCGGACCGCCGGCCUGCCGACUUUUAGCAAGCUGUACAUGAGGAACGACACGCAAGCGAUGACCAAGGGAAUGUACCAGGUGGACAUCCUCCAUUGGUUCCCCGCGGACAUUUACAAGGGCACCAAGUCGAUCGUCCUCAGCACCAGGACUGUCAUGGGUGGCAGGAAUCCAUUCUUGGGCAUUGCAUACUUGGUUGUGGGUGGAAUCUGCAUCCUUCUCGGCGCCAUCUUCACAGUGACGCACUUGUUGAAGCCAAGGAAACUUGGCGACCACACCUACCUCUCCUGGAACAACGUUCCAUCCUCAAAACAUCCGGCAGGCUCAUCGGCGGCCAUGGCCAGCGGGCGCGACCUCGGUAGAUCAGGUGAGGCUUAG